AUGGCUUACCGUUUCCAUAAUGAUGUUGGCGACGAUGUCACCCAUCACGAGCCCAUAGCUCGCAGCCAGAUGUCGCCGCAGGCUUCUUCUCAACCUUCGUUCUACGGCGAUCAUCCACAUCCUUCUCCGUCCUCUAAUUCACCCAGUUCCCCUCUCUUAGUCACUCGUUUACAUCCUGCUGCACAUCCAGAUAGCGCCUAUAGCAAGCUGCGAACUCAGCGUAUCGGGGGAUCUCAAGAUCCCCAACCACCAUCUUCCUUCGCCUCCCCCUUUUACCAUACCGUCCCCGAUUCCAUACCGCACUCUCACCCCCAAAGAAAAGCAGUAGAUUCACGAGACCCGGGCUAUACCCAAUCUUCGCGGACAGCAUCGACAGCCACUCCUGGAAGAGGUGAUUGGGGGGCCGCUGCAUCCGGCGCCGGAAUCGCGGGUAUCGCUGUUGGAGGAGCACAUUCGUCAAACGAACACCAGCGUGGACUCGACACCAUGGCAGGCGGACAGGAUAGCAUGGAACAGAACUUAUACUACUAUGGACCGCCUAGACGUGGUGGACACGGACAUACAAUGGGCUCGGAUGACCCCUAUGCUUUUUCUCCUAGAGAAACUGGCCGCAUGGGCCCCUCUCGACCUCUCGGUGCCUGUGACCCAUAUUCGUCUAAUGUCGGUUUAGGUUCAUCAAUGGAUGACCCUGGACAAAUUACCCCUGGCCAAAGAAGCCUGUACUCGAACAACAACGGGUACCAUCAAUCAGCCCAGCAUGGAGGUGCGGGGGCCUUCUAUGACGACCCUUAUCCACGACCUCACCAUAACUCGUGGGGACCUGUGAAUCCCGAGAUUAUUAACCCUAAUGAUAUCAUCGAUGACGGAGACGAUGGUUUCAUGCCAGAGCCCAAGAGACGAUCAAUGCUAAGCCUUGGGAAAAACUCUAGUAAUACCAGCCUUCCUGCUACAGGUGCAGCUGCCGUUGGCGGGGGAAUGCUGGGAAACAUUUCGGGACGUACAGAUGGUGGUGAUGGAAAACCCAAUUUCAACGCUGUCACUGUUGAGAAGAGUGAAUGGCUAAAUAACCAAAAGCACGGGAAGAAAAAAAUGAAAUGGAUUGUGACUGUUCUAAUCGCGCUAAUAUUGAUCGGUGGUAUCGCCGGUGGUAUCGUCGGUGGCAUUUUGGGUUCUCGAAAGAGUAACUCAGGCAGCGGCGGCGGCGCUGGACAGUCAGCUGAGGACGAUAGACAAGCAAACGGGGACCUUGGGAAGGGGUCAGCGGAGAUCAAGAAGCUGAUGGCAAUGGAGGGCUUGCACAAAGUUUUCCCAGGAAUGGACUAUACCCCCUGGGGCACGCAAUACCCGUUAUGCCUCAAGUACCCUCCUAGUCAAAAUAACGUUACUCGCGACAUGGCCGUUCUCUCUCAGUUAACGAACACGGUUCGCCUUUACGGUACUGACUGCAACCAGACAGAGAUGGUUUUACAUGCGAUUGACCGGCUGGAACUGAAAGAUAUGAAGCUUUGGCUGGGCGUUUGGAUUGAUACAAACACCACCACAAACGAGCGCCAGAUCAAGCAGCUGUACAAGAUUGUCAGAGAAGCAAAAGACAGAUCCAUCUUCAAGGGGGUUAUCGUCGGCAACGAAGUUCUUUUUCGCGCCAAAAACAGCGAACCAGCUGAUGUUACGAUUGCCACACUGUCAAAAUACAUGCAGGAAGUCAAGUCCCAGCUCAAGGCUAUGGGUGCUGAUAUGCCUGUUGCCACCUCUGAUCUGGGCGAUGACUGGACCCCUGAACUAGCUAGGGUAGCCGAUGCCGUUAUGGCGAACGUGCACCCGUUCUUCGCGGGUGUGCCGGUCAAGGACGCGGCCAGUUGGACAUGGACGUUCUGGCAGGGUCACAACGUGCCCCUGACGAAAGGCACCAAUACUCCGCAAAUAAUUUCUGAAGUCGGCUGGCCUAGUGGUGGAGGCAACAACUGUAAUCCCAAUCCGUGUCCUAGUAAAACUGCUGGUUCCAUUGCCGGAAUUACUGAGUUAAACCAGUUCAUGGCGGAUUGGGUGUGCCAGAGCCUGUCGAAUGGGACGGAUUAUUUUUGGUUCGAAGCUUUCGAUGAGCCCUGGAAGAGUGUAUUUAACGAACCCGAACUAAAUAAGGAAUGGGAAGAUAAGUGGGGUCUCAUGGGCCCUGACCGCGUCUUGAAACUAGGCUUGAAAAUCCCCGAUUGCGGCGGUAAGACCGCUACUUAA